GUCUUUCAGUGCGCACAGACGUCACCAACUGUAUAAAUAGAGGGCAGCUUGCGUUGCGCGUGACCGACACUCGUUGUUUUGGGUUUGACGAAUUAACCGAAACAAGAACCAUCACUUUAAUAAAGUGCCAUGGCACGUACUAAGCAGACCGCCCGUAAGUCCACUGGUGGCAAAGCCCCCAGGAAGCAGCUGGCCACCAAAGCGGCCAGAAAGAGUGCGCCCUCCACCGGUGGAGUCAAGAAACCCCACAGAUACCGCCCUGGUACCGUUGCUCUUCGUGAGAUUCGUCGGUACCAGAAGUCCACGGAGUUGCUGAUCCGUAAACUUCCCUUCCAGCGUCUGGUUCGUGAGAUCGCUCAAGAUUUCAAGACCGACUUGCGUUUCCAGAGCGCCGCCAUCGGUGCCUUGCAGGAGGCAAGUGAAGCAUACCUGGUGGGUUUGUUUGAGGACACCAACUUGUGCGCCAUCCACGCCAAACGUGUCACCAUCAUGCCCAAAGACAUCCAGCUGGCCCGUCGAAUCCGCGGAGAGCGAGCUUAAACUCUUGACUAUUUACUCAAUCUUUUUUGUGUGGAGGAUUAUAUGGGGAAGGGGUUUGUUGUGUGGGUGGGUCAGGAGGGAGGGAGGGGCAUUUGGGGUUCUUACUCUUGAUUAUAAAUGCCUGUGUAGUUUAUUUUUUUGUAUUUCUUUUUUGGUAGUUGCGGUAGGGGAGGGGUAUCUUGUGUUUGACUAGUAGGGGGGCAGCGUCACAACAUUCCGGGAGCUCCUCAGGGUUUUAAAGUUUGUAUUUUAGACUUUCAUAUACCUCUGCCUAGUCUGCAUGCUUCAUGAUGAAUUAGAAUGUGUCCAUUUUAUUUCUAUCGUUAUUAUAUUGGGUUUCUCUUCUAUUGUGGCCAUUUGGUUGUAAAUAAACUUUCCACUACCUCAA